AUGGAUAUCGAUUUAUCCAGCAGAAAUAUCUCAGAACUGUAUUUCGACAAAGAUGCUAUUACCGAUGAGGAGGCGUUUGCCACGGCAGCUGUCGAGUCUCUGUCUGUUUCGAGGAACCAAAUCAAGGAAAUCAAGGGUCUCAAUAUGGCCUUCAGCAAUUUGACGAAGCUUGAUCUCUCUCAUAAUGUCCUAGGCGCCGGCACGACCUCGGUAACUGCUUGUUCCACAAUGGCACAAUUUGAGCCCACUGACGUGCACAGGCGCGUUUACUACUGUGAGGGCGUAGCACCCUGGAUAGCGGCGCUUCCUGCCACACUAGUCUUUCUUGAUGUGUCCCACAAUCACCUGAGCAGCUUUGUAUGUUGCUCUUGUAUUUCUCAUGAUGGGGCGCUUCCGUCGGCAGCGAUGACAGCUUCCACAUCUUCGGACCUCUAUAUCCGAUACUUGAGACAUGCGUGUCCACUCACGUUGAGUUUAUUUUUCAACCACUCUCGCUUUCCAAAACUACGCCAUCUGAAUGUAUCACAUAAUGUUCUGGAAGUGAGUGUUGCUGAGAGUGAUACAAUGGAGGACAUAUGGCAGAGUAUACUUCCCACGGUGUUGAAGAUAGGGACAGAUGACAACUACAUAUGUGCUGUUGAAAACCUGGAUAUUUCCUUUAACGCAAAAUUGGCUUCUGUGAACUGUUUUUUAUUCAGUAGCUAUACGUCUGAGAAUGAUAGUGUCUUGCCUUUGCCAUCAUCGUCGCCGUUUCUUUUGAACACACUGAACUUGCGAGGAUGCGGUGUAACCGAUUUGGUGGGCUUGUCUGGAGUCCACCCUUUUGCACCGUGUUUACAGCGGCUGGAGCUGGACGGGUCCCCCAUCAAACAGACCAUUCUUGGUUCAAACCACGCAGUUAUGGGCAACAUUAUCGUGUCGCUGCUUCUAUCAGCCUCCAUGGGGCCUGCUUUCCAUAGAUAUGGACAUGAAUCAGAAGGCACAAGCAAAGGCUCCUCUUGCCAGAAUGUGGCGCUUUGUAAGGCAGUCCAGGAUCUCAUUCAGAACAACAGUAAUCUUUUUACGGAGUCCCUUCAGGCGCAUGUGGCAUUUUCAAUCUCUAGGGAACAUACUGUCGACCUUGGAUCAUGCGUAUAUGCUUCCGUUCUGUUGGAAGUGAUCCCGAGCCUAAAGCUACUUGAUGGGUACCUUCAUGUUGUAGAAUGUAAGGAGGCCAUUAUCAACGCAACGCAAAGCACGCUGGAAAUCUUAAGCAGUGCCCGCGAUUCUCAGCCCUCUGCGUUUACUUCUCAACCCACAAAGGCCUUGGCAAAACAGAUGGUUGCACCCGACGUUGAUGAAACUCGGCUUGGAGAAGGCCUACACCGAAUCGCCUCCAAGGUUAUCCCACAGCUCCACACUCGAGUUUUGAUAAGCGAGCUCGCACCGUUGCAGAGUGGGGAAAAUACAACAUUACUUCCCAGGCAAGCCCAGGAGACCUUGAUGGGACGCGAACACCGUGUUAAUAUUGAGCAAGGUGGAGCUAUGGUCGGGGAGCCGGGGUCGUUCACAUCGCUUCAUCAUGAUGAUAGCGACGGAGGCGCUUAUGAAGCGUUGUGCAAAAGGUCCCAGGAGCUGAAGAGGGAGCUUCUUGAAAGCCAGAAACGCUGUCGUAGCUACACGGAACACAGCAAAGAGUUGCAAUCUCAGCUUGUGGCCGAUCGGAAGCACAUCACAGAUCAACAUAAGGAAAUCCUUCAGCUUCGAGCUGAGCGAGAUUUGACUCAGGCUAGUUUACUCGCACUCAAGAAGCGUCUCAAAAAGCGCCGACGUGAGUUAGCGUACGGCGUGCAGGCGAUUGAAUCGCAAUUUUCCACCAUGCGCGAACGCGAGGCAAUGAGUCGUAUUCAACAAAGAGAGAAGGCGCUGGAGAAAAGAGAAAGACGCCUAGAGAAACACAUCGCCCUUGCAGGAGCUUCCCCUGUCCGGGGCAACACGCGACCUCUUCAUGAAAACAGAAGACAAGUUCGAAGCGUGGUGCUGCGUGAAGCAGCGAUCAAAAGGAAACUACACAAACAAAAAAGCGAGGAUCCAUUGGCUUUCAGUACUAGUCGCUUUCACAUAGACAACGGCGGAACAGGCGGGAGAUAUGCUAGUCAGGAACUUAUCGCCGCCGCCGGCGAAAGCGACAUGGAGGAAGAUGGAUCCCGUCACUAUCUGCGAUCUUAUCCUCAACAGAAGAAUAAGGAAACUGAAAAGGCCGCACGACGCUAUUGUUGCAGCAUAUCUCCCGACCAACGCCGGCAGUUGUGUGAGGCUAUUUGCCUAGCAGACCCUUCCAAGGCGGCACCCUCAUUAGACCGCAAGACGGAGGGGGGUGAGCUUUCGCCUGGGUUUGCUUCCAUCACGGCAGCCAGCAGGGUGGUGAAUGAAGAUGCCGUGGACUUUCGCAGUCUCGCCGAACAGGAUCUUAGCACGCUUUCACUUACGGAGCUGUUUGAGGCGGCGGCAGCGAUUCGACAUCGACAGUUGGCACAGCAGCAAACUGGUGCUCAGGCUUUCAAGGAGGACGACACACUGCAUCCUGCUAUACACACAGCAUCCUUUGAGGCUUCGACUCUUGUGAGCGCACCCGGACCUGCUUUAGUUGCUUGUUCUAAGAAACGAGAUUCUUUAUCGAAAAUCAUAGAUCAGGUGCAUAGUGUGUCCGACCAUCGACAUACUGCCUCUGUUGAUCGAGCAACAUCGCAUAUACUCAACGGGAAGCAAGGUGAUUCCGCAUUUUUGAGCGCACUUGAGCAUAUCGAAGUGCCAUCGUCAAUUUCUCUUGCUGUGGAUGAUGACAUCGAGAGUGGUCCCGUCGAUACGUUUGACUCUCUCAAUGUGUUCGAGGGAGAUGAAAGCAUUGAGAGCCACCACCCUCCCAUCAAAUUCAAUAAUUCAAAUGGUGUUCCUUCAGAUUUGGUUUCGGUUAAUCGAGCACUAUUCUAG